AUGAAGAGUGAAUGCAAGAACCUUAUUGCUUUUGCGGCCAUCGUUAAGUUGUUGGUUAUAAUUCUCUUAAUUCUUUCAAGCCUUCUCCCAAAUUACAGAGCUGACGCAUUUGAACCACCGGAAGUUUCUUGUACGUCCAAGAUUGAUUGUUUGCUUCGGUAUACUUUGGAUGGGUUUCACAAAUGGGAUGCGAUCUAUUUCCACUUUAUAGCUGUAAAUGGUUACCUCCUUGAAAACACUCUCGCAUUUUUUCCUCUUUUUCCCAUAUUCCUGAGACUUAUUUCCUCAUUAACGUACACCCUCUUGCCCUUAUGGAGUUUCUGGACGCACUCCAUUCUUGUUGGAGUCGUUUUGAGUUUUUUUUGCAAUUUGCUGUGUACCGUCCAAAUGUAUCGUCUUUCCAAGCUCUUGUUGAUGAGUGACUCCUUGUCUGUUGUUUCUGCCCUUCUCUUUGCGAUUAAUCCCGCCUCGGUUUUCUUCACCACACUUUACUCCGAAGCCCUGUACAGUUUUCUAUUCUUAUCAGCUCUCAUCUGGACCUAUGAAUCGAUAUUUCUUUGCAUGAGCUCCCCGUACUUGAUAUACCAAUACUACGCUGGGUUCCUCUAUUGUUCCACCUUGCCCAAACCCGCCUCAUUAUCUUUUAUGCUGCCGAAGAAACCGGGUCCGGAAUUGGAGGAGUUUGCUAAUGAGCUUGGAGUUCUUACUCCAUAUUCAAUCAAUUCAUCAUUUCAACCUGUUUGGUGCGCUGGUGUACCUUGGUCUUCGUACAUGCUACUCCAAAAAAAAUUUUGGGACGUUGGUGCCUUCAGUUAUUACCGGUGGAGACAGUUGCCAAAUUUUCUUCUAGCUCUGCCAGUGCUCUUCCUAAUUUUCAAGAUAGUUAGCUUAUUUGGUCGAAAGACCCCAAAGACAAUCUUCUCCUUUGGACUACUUGAGGAUAGCAGAAAGCAUCAGCUUCUGGUUCCGCAUAUUUAUCAUGCUCUCUUUCUUUCCAUGUACGGCAUUAUUAAUGUCCACAUUCAGGUUCUCACGCGAAUGCUCUUUUCGUCAUGCCCAGUGUUGUACUGGUAUUGCGCCUCUGUGUUAUUGAAUGAACAAGAUAAUAUCUUCGGGAGGUCGCAUCUACGCAAGGCAAAAACCAUGGAGAGCUCGAUGCCUCGCCAGCUGAUAGGCUUGUUCCGCCUUGUCAAUCCGCUGAGUUAUCCCCCUUGGUCAUCCCAGCGGACGCUACUGUAUUACUUUUACUCUUAUAUUGUCAUUGGCUGCCUCAUGCACUCAAACUUUCUUCCUUGGACCUGA